UAAAUCAGUAUAAUGCUAUAAUUUUAGAAUCGCUCGGAUUUCUGAGUGAAAAAGAGUCAAAAUGGUUGUCUACAAUUUGGGUGUUACCCACUUUUUAAUCUUUGUCCAAGCUCUUCUUCUUACAAAGGCUGAAUUUAUACCUGUACAAAAAGCUCCCUUUCAGGUCCAAGUUGAAUUGAAAAGUGGCUCAACAUUCCUUGCCCAUGCUGCAAUAUUAAAUUGUAAAUGGGUUGUUACGGUAGCAAAUGCAGUUAAUGAUUUUAAACCGAAAGAUGUCCAAGUAAGAUCUGGUUCAGGACAGUUGGGCAUGCAUGGAGGGCUUCAUUCAGUGAGACAUAUCGUCGUCCAUGGCAAUUAUACCAAGAAAAACCAGUUCCUUAAUAACAUCGCUCUUAUUCAAAUAUUUUAUAAUUUCCGUUUGUCAAAAACGGUUUGCCCUAUCUUGCUUUCAGAAACUGUACCAAAGUCCUAUAGUGAAGGGCAGGUGUCGGGUUGGUGGGCGAAUAAACAAGGGGGACAACUCGAACUAUAUGAAUCCAUAAAUAUUGUACCAUUAGAUAAAUGCCUUCAACAGUACAAAGAGAAAAACGAAAUCAUCAACGUUGAUGCCCCAGUUUUAUGCAGUACUCCUGUAAAAGAGGUUCCCGUCAGUCUGGGUCUUUCGUUGAGUAUGAAUACGAACCUACAAGGCCUUUUGAUUAAACAAAUCCCCGGCCUUCCGUUUGUAUACACAGCUAUGGACCGAUACGUUUCGUGGGUCAAAGAUACACUUUCUAAGAUGACAUAUUACAAUUCUGGAAGCAACAAAGAACAAUGUGAAGGGUUUCACAGUAACUGUGUUUUACAACUGUUUCAUCGUUGAAAAACAAUUAGUUGAUUCAUGUAAUAGCUAAUUAUUUAACAAUUUAUUAUAUAGGAAUAUAUUUUUCUUUCCUUCUUGUACAAAGAGAAGGGGCAGCUUGUGACAAAGAGAAUUGUUUGUUAACUAAAAAAUCCUGAAAAUAGCGUAUAACAGGGUUGAUCAAAUGUAUAAUAUAUUGAUUAAAUUAGAAUAAAUAAUUAUUAUCAUGGGCGAA